GUCUGGAUAGUCACCUGUAAUUGUUAGUAGUGCAGUCAAAAUGCCCACAAAGAAACACCAUGCAUUCGUGUCCUCACGAAAAGGAUCCCAACGAUCACAAGAUGUACCAGGCAUUGGUUCUGUAUACGCUGGACGACUUGCUAAACAUAAUAUAACUUCGGCGUCACAGUUGACGGAUUUAUAUCAUCAAACUAGCAGUAAAGCGGAGUUUCUACGUGAAUACCAAAGUAUGACAGGUGCUAAUUCGCGCUAUUCCGGUAUGACAUAUGAAGGAAUAAGACAACAAGCUGCUAUGAGUGAUUAUGGUCGUCAGUCAUACUCGAACUCUACACGUGACUACUCAUGUAGUGCACCGUUUAGCUUUCCUACAACUCUCCAGCCAACAUAUUCGACUUCUAAUCAAACAAUUCGUAAUCCAGUUUCUUCUCCGCUUCUAACAACUGCAACCCAAGACCAGUCCGGCCAAGCUGCAAAGACCACCAUUUUCACCACCAAUAUUAAAGCAGAUUCAUCGAAAACAUCGGCUACUGAAGUUAAGUUGAAUCCAAUCAAGAAACCAGUCGUCUAUGGACUUGAUCCCAUUGAUUUCUUAUUGGCGCAUACUUCUACCCCAGAAACUUCUCAGAAUAUAUUUGGCCAGAAUGAAAAGUCUGGUAUUUCCAAUGUUAUUAUUAAAAAGAUUCUCCGACAACAUCGGCUAUUCAACCAAUUCCUACUCAAGUUAAGUUGGAUCAGACUACGAAAAUCAACGCCUUUGGAAGUACGACCACUUCCGUUGAUUCCACCUUGGUCCAGGCUUCUACCACAUCGACUUCCUCUCAAGAUACGUAUGACCAGAAAGGAAACAUUAGCUUGUUUACCAACGCAAUUAGUUCAGAUUUCCCGAAAACAUCUGUUAAUAAAGAGGUGGAUCAAAUUAAGAAGGAAAUGGGAAUGGAGACUCAGAAUGCUUCCCCAACAACUUUUAAACAAAAAUCGUUUAACCAAGAUGAGGAACCCACCAUUCCAAGCGAUAAAUUCCAGAAUACAUCUGCUAAUUACCCAACUGCUAAGCAAGAUGUGUUGGGUCAAAUUAAGAAGGAAGUGGGAAGGGGGACGCAGAAUGCAACCCCAAUACCUUCACCCAAGGACACGUAUAACAAAGAUGAGAAUCCCACUAUUUCUAACGAUGAUUCCCAGAAUACAUCUACUAAGCAACCAGCUGCGAAGCAAGAUAUGUUGGAUCAAAUUAAGAAGGAAGUGGGAAGGGGACUCAGAAUGCUUCCCCAACAACUUUUAAACAAACAUCGUUUAACCAAGAUGAGAAACCC